AUUUGAGUUAAUGCACUGACACACGGUCGGUCCUGAUGAUCAGUUCACCUUCCUAAACUGAAGGAGCAAGAAUAUGCUGGCUAACAGUGAAAUGUCACAGUCAUACACGGAUAUGAAGAAACACACUGACGUCAGUGACUCAUUCUGGAGUUUUGGAAAAGAGCAGGAAUUCAAGCCUCACAUUAGACACGUUGAGCCUGUUCUUACUGAAUGUGAUCUUGACUGGAAAUCCCAUUUGCGCUGGAUACCUGAACCUCGAUACAGCGAUGCCCCAUUUCCACACAUCAAAGAUAUAAAGUUUCCUGAUGAAAGGAAACUGAUGAGAUCCUUCCCACAAGCUAAUAUGAUGUCAGAGUCCGAGUGGAGCUUUUAUCCAAACUUUGGACAGCCCAAGACCUAUCACACUGGAAAGAGAUGUUAUAUGGAUGGCAUUAAUCAUACGAGAAGCAUGAGAUGCAUUUCAGAAAAUUCCCUGGAAUCAUCCAUUGGGAGGAAAAAGCAGGACAAAUGCAGCAUCUACCCAUUAACAAAGGUCAGGCCAUUUCUAGUUCCUGAGUACAGCCCUGACUUUCACAAAUAUGAAUCAACACUACGCAGGACCACUUUUGGGUCUGGAUCUUUUGCCACAUUCAAAUCAUUUUUACACCUAAAGCCCCCAACAAAAAACAUUAGUCCACCGUAUGCAGAGAAACAUAAAAGUCGUCUGCGAGAGGAGGACAUUCUUGAUGUCCAGAGUUUGAACAGUUGGAGGCCAGCACCAGACAUCUAUGACAGGACACCUCAUUUGUAAAGUGUUGAAAUCAUGCUUACAUAUUUUUUGAACAAACAAAAUGAAUUUUCUUUCCUUUAACGCCACUUCAUGGCUUUCCAUUGAGACAUGCUUUAGCACAGCUUCACAUUGGAAAGGACUGAAGCAUUAUUUUCCCUAUUAGUUAGGCCUCCAUCAAACAGAUUGUCCUUGAAUUCCCUGACAAAUGAAUUAAGAUCUUCGCCCAGAAUUGAAUCGCAGGAUAAAAUAGAGAGCAGUAGUUAUAAACAGAAUGUCUUUCAAUUUCUGGUUUUAGGAUUAUCAGAAUUGUCAUAAUCAGAAUAAUAAGCGAACAUUUUAUUGCAGUCCACUGAACCAUAUUUUACAGUGCAUGUAUUUUCUUUUGUAAUAAUGUUUUUAUCUGUGUUUGAUAUUUAUAAGACCCGCAAGCUUAUCAUCACUGCACAGCCUGAAUUUUGUCAUUGUUGUGCAGCAAUACUGUCUCUGACCUCACACAGCACAUUUUGAUAAUAUGAUCCUCGACUCGCAUCACAUGCAGUAGAGAUAGAUGAUAUUAUUUCAGUCUGAUAAUGCUAUAAAAUUUCCAUAAAAUCUACCCAGAGGGUAAUACCAGCCCACAGUGUCAUUCAUAUUUAUAUAGACCACAGAUGUUCGGCCAUUAGAAGUUGUUUAGUUAUUUAGCUCUCAACUAAAUGUGUUGGAAGCCUUUUAGUGCAUGCCAUUUAGUUGCAUUUUCCUAUUAUCAUUAAGGACAAUAAAAGUGAUAAAUGAGAGAGUGAGA